UAAUGUGUAAACAAAUCACAAAGACUUUGACUCUCUCUGUAUCCAACUUAAAGAAGACUUGGAAAAAAAAAAAAGACAACAGAGAAGUUAAGUUACCUUUGUCGAGUAGUCGUCAAUUAUUAUUAUGUAUAAAUAAAGAGAUGAGCAUGAAACCAAUGUUACCCUCCCUCAGUUCCAUUUUUUUCUUUGCUUUUUCUUUUCAUUAGUUUGAUGAAAGGCUCUUGGAACUCCACGACUAUCAUCAUUCCUUUUACUUUGUUUUCUCUGAUCUUCUUAUUCAUUUCUAAAUGUCAAGAUGUUUUUGGGGUUCCUACUGAACACUUGUGUCAUCCCGGACAGAGGGAUGCACUUUUGGAGCUCAAGAAGGAGUUUGAAAUUAAGAAGCCCUGUUCUGACGGCGCUCUUCCUCCGAAGACAGAGUCAUGGGCCAAUCACAGUGACUGUUGUUACUGGGAAGGUAUUACUUGCAAUCCCAAGUCCGGGGAAGUGAUCGAGCUAGACCUUAGUCGUGGCUGCCUCCAAGGCCGGUUUCAUUCUAAUACCAGUCUCUUUAGGGUUCAAAAUCUUCCUUUUCUAACCACUCUCGACCUUUCAUAUAACUAUUUCAGUGGUCAUAUCCCAUCUUCUAUUGAAAAUUUUUCUCAUCUCACCACUCUCGACCUUUCUAAAAAUUAUUUCAGUGGAGGGAUCCCUUCUUCGGUUGGAAAUCUUUCACAUCUCACUUUUCUCGACCUUUCUGGUAAUGAGUUCGUUGGUGAGAUGCCAUAUUUUGGCAAUAUGAACCAGCUGACCAACUUAAACGUUGAUUCCAAUGAACUUACUGGUACCUUCCCCCUUCCUUUACUCAAUCUGACAAUGCUGUCGGACUUAUCACUCUCUCGUAAUCAGUUCACGGGGACGCUUCCUUCUAAAAUGAGCUCACUCUCUAACUUGGAGUAUUUUGAAGCAUGGGGCAACGCUUUUACUGGAACUCUCCCUUCUUCUCUCUUCACUAUUCCUUCUUUGACGUCUAUUGAUUUGAGAAAUAACCAACUCAACGGCGUUCUUGACUUUGGGAAUAUAUCUUCACCAUCUUCUACACUAACAGUGUUAGACAUUAGCAAUAACAACUUCAUAGGGCCAAUCCCAAGAUCCAUUUCCAACUUUAUAAACCUUCAGGACCUCGACCUUUCUUAUCUCAACACCCAAGGCCCGGUUGAUUUUAGUAUAUUCAUGAAUCUCAAGUCGCUCCUACUUCUUAACUUAUCUCAUUUGAACACCACCACAACGAUUGACUUGAAUGCACUCUUAUCCUCGCAUCUCAACUCAAUCUAUUCAGUGGAUCUCUCAGGCAACCAUGUUUCAGCUACAACCAAAACUCCAGUUGCAGAUCAUCAUCAAUUGAUUAGUCAGUUGUACUUGUCAGGAUGCGGCAUCACUGAGUUCCCUGAACUCUUAAGGAGCCAGGUCAAUAUAACGAAUCUAGACAUUUCCAACAACAAAAUCAAAGGUCAAGUGCCUGGCUGGCUAUGGACACUACCAAAUUUGAUAUUUGUGGAUCUUUCCAACAACACUUUUAGCGGUUUCGAAAGACCAACGGAACUUGGACCAUCCUUUAUCACCACCAAACCAUCUAUGCAAUACUUGGUUGCCUCCAAAAACAAUUUCACAGGAAAUAUACCCUCUUCCAUAUGCGCUUUGCGUUCUCUAAUCACUCUUGAUUUAUCUGACAAUAACCUCAAUGGUUCCAUCCCUCAUUGUAUGGGAAAUCUCAAGAGUACUCUUUCAUUUCUAAACCUUCGUCAUAAUCGUCUUGGUGGAGGUCUUCCAAAGAAUAUAUUUAAAAGUCUAAGGUCACUUGACGUCGGCCAUAACCAACUGGUGGGCAAACUUCCUAGAUCUUUCAUCCAUCUCUCUACUCUUGAAGUUCUGAAUGUGGAAAACAACAGACUCAACGACACGUUUCCCUCAUGGUUGUCUUCUCUUAAAAAACUACAAGUUCUUGUCUUACGCUCCAAUGCAUUUCACGGACCGAUACAUCAUGCCUCGUUUCGUACAUUACGAAUCAUCGACUUAUCGCGUAAUCACUUCAGUGGAACUUUGCCGUCAAACUAUUUUGUGAACUGGAAUGCUAUGUCAUCACUUGGUGGAAACGAAGAUCCGUCGUCUAAAGAAAACUACUUGGGAGAUUCUUUUCGAUACUACCAUGAUUCAAUGGUUUUGACGAACAAAGGUGUUGAGAUGGAGCUGGUACGUAUCCUAAAAAUUUACACAGCACUCGACUUUUCUGAAAACAAAUUUGAAGGAGAGAUUCCAAGAUCCAUCGGUCUAUUAAAAGAGCUUCAUGUUCUUAACUUGUCGAGCAAUGAUUUCACCGGCCACAUACCAUCAUCUAUGGGGAACCUGAGAGAGCUAGAGUCACUGGACGUUUCUCAAAACAAGCUUUCAGGAGAAAUUCCACAAGAACUAGGGAACCUCUCGUACCUUGCCUACAUGAACUUCUCUUUUAACCAGCUUGGAGGUCUAUUACCAGGGGGAACUCAGUUUCGUAGGCAAAAAUGCUCUUCUUUCGGGGAUAAUCUCGGACUCUAUGGCCCUUCACUUGACGAAGUUUGUGUAGAUAUUCAUGCAUCAACACCACAAGAACAUGAACAGCCGGAGUCAGAGGAAGAAGAAAAAGAGAUGUUCAGUUGGAUAGCAGCUGCAAUAGGACUCGGACCUGGUAUUGCCUUUGGAUUGACAAUUGGAUACAUUUUGGUUUGCUACAAACCAGAGUGGUUCAUGAACCAUUUUCAACGAAACAAACACAGAAGCAGAAGAAGAAGAAGCACCACAAAGCUUAAAAAAGAGCCUAACUAAAUCCAAGCCGAAGAAGACAAUGACGCAACCCAAUCACAAUCAGUAACACUACAGAGUAAAAAAGAAGCUUGGGGAGAACUCAACAAAUAUGUCCACUUUUAGUUUUAUUGUGUGGAUCGGUUUAGCUUUAAUACUUUUUUCAUCUGCUCUGAGUCUGUCUCAUAAAUAAACUUAUCUCUAAAUGCGAUCGCUGCUUUUAAGAUCCAAGCCAACAAACGCUACUUUUAGCAAGAAAACCAAGUCGUUAACUCAAAAUCGAUACACAAAGUCACAAUCUAUUCACGUCUAAGCCCAACGAAUCAAAUUUACUCUGUUUUAGUGGGUUUGUUUAUUGUUUAACAGCUCUGUUUAGUCAACUUUUAUGCUUCUAUGUAACUGCAACAAUAUAAAUUGGGGCACCAUUGGAUUAAAAGAUUGAGAUUCUUCCCAUUA